UCGAACAGUAAAAAUAGCGGUCGACAAUAGCUCAAACACUAUUUUUAGGCGCGUAUCGCUAAAUUGUUAACUAAGAACCUUAUCUUACCUUGUUCUAACAUCUUCGCAAUCAGUCUGUGCGAUAUAGCUCACAGCGCAACUCCUGAAUAUCUACCUAUAGGCGGUAUACGAUACGUGAAAAUCGAUACUACGCGCUCGCCACCAGUACUCGUUUACUCUUCAAUAGUGCCGUUUUAGUUAACGCUAGAAAUUUGUAGUUUAGUAAACAAGGGAACAUGUUUUAAAUUAAAAUAGAAAUGGAUGCGUCAAAGAGAUACAUUAGGAGUGAUUCCGCGAGUUGCGCGCACAUGGUCGAAGAGAGCACCGCAAACAAUAGGAAAGCUGACCCUCAUGAGAAGCUGAAGGCGCUGUUGAACUCCCCCGAAGAAGACACAGAUGAUACUCUGCCUCCAUCUGACGCGCCCAAGUUCGGGACGGUGAUACACAACCGAAUCUUCGUCGGUGGCUUCUCUCUGACCACGACGGACGAGGACCUGUGGAAGUUCUUCUCCGGUUUCGCCACCGUCACCGCGGCGCGGGUGAUCUACGACCGAGCUGGCGUCUCCAAGUGCUAUGGCUUCGUGACUUUCGCCAGCCCCCGGGUCGCGAGAUUGAUUGUGAAGCAGAGUGGUGGUGUGAUGUUCUCGCCUCUAGGGCGACUGAGAGUCGCACAAGCUGUGAGAAAGCAGCACGGUUUACAGAUAAGCCAGCUCCCCGUGAUAAGUUCAGAGGCGACUCCACUGCAGGCGCCGCUCUGUUAUCAGCUGAUUUGUCCGCCGCUCGCGCCGCUCCCCGCCUGCGCACCCUGCGAGCUGCCACCACCGUACGCCAUGUAUCCCAUGCCUUAUGAAAGUGUAACAACUGUUUCAGCGGGGCCCAUCUACGGGCCGCCGGCGCAGUUCGCGCUGGUGCCGGCCCCGUACAGCACGGCGUGCUGCGAGCCGACCUGCUGCGCCCCCCUCGACAAACAGCCCCGCAUACCCCCACCACCCCUUCACCCGGCGUUCAUCUACUAACUUACAGCUAUUCCUCAGCUUAUCCAGCAUUAAUUUUAAUUAAAUUUAAGUCUGUAUCUUUUAUAACCACGGAAUUAUAAUGGAUUGUAAGAAGCGUAGCGUACGAAGUCUCGAAGCGGACUCCUGAAUGUAUGAUUGUUUAAGUCGGAAAUCUUUAGUUUAUAAGUUUUGGUAUACUCUUUAAUAUGCGCUUCGUACAAACAGUUGUUAUCUAUAUGCGUAACGUAAUAGUUAUAUGUAGAGAUUCCAUGGUUUUCAGUCAUUCCUUUUGCUCAAGUCUUCCAAGUAUCCUCAUGCUCAAAUUUAGUUCGCUUAUAGUAAACGAUGCUACGACAAAUAUCAGAAAAGGUUCUGAAGUGAUGCAAGAAGUGUUCAAGGUUUAGAAAUUGUGUAUCGAAUUAGUUUUCGACCAUUUAUCUGGUGUCUCGUUGUUAAUUUUGUUAAAUAGUGGUACUGUAUUGCUUGAUAUCGCUUGAAUUGAUUUUUUCGUUCACGCCAAUUUGAUACUUACAAUGUUAGGAAUUAGCAGCGUGUUUUAUGAAUCAACACUUGACGAAAACCUAAAUUUCAAAAUAAUUGUAUCGAUAUACCUAAAUUAGAAGUAUUGUCUAUCAAUGUGACAUAUAUUAAGGCUUAUACUAAUAUCAUCGUUAGGGAUCCUUGCGAAGAAGGUCGCGUGAUGAAUGUAAUAUUAUUCUAAACAGCUGUAGCGAAAUAUUGACCCGUGAACACGUGUCUCAGCGAAACAUCGAUACAAUGACACGUGGUUGUGUGACACAUGUAGCCGAUUCGAUUGUUAUAAUAAUAGGUAAAUAAUAGUUACGUAUAGAUUCUGUUAUAUUUGGUAUCUUGUUAAAAAUAACCGCACAAAGUAAAGAGGACAAAGUUAUCGCUAGCCAUAAAGUUUUCAUACGUUGUUGAGAUCGCUUGUUAUCCUUUUAAAGGAGUUACGUUUAACAAUAGCAAUAAAAUAUAAAAUAAUUAAUUUGUUGCCCUAAUAUAGAACAGAGAACCUAUUUUUAGUAGUUUAGUUUUAGAUGAUAUUGACAAUGAAUUAUAUCUGGGGUCCAAAGUGUGAUAAAUAAUGUGAAUCUUGGAAUUCCGCAAAAUUUUGCUCGAAAAAGCGAAUCGUCAAGGAUAUUUCACUAUUCACAUUUCCACUGCUGUUAUAUCACUGUGUUGGUUUUUAUAUUGUUUCAAAUGUAUUCGUAACCCCGUUGUUGACACGCCAGGACCAAUUACUUUGGUAGAUUUUUGAAUUUUCACUGUAAAAUUCAAUUGCACACCCCGUAGAUGGCAAUAUUUUGAUAAAUUUAACGAUUUCAAUACAUAAUUCUAUUUUCAUGAUUUUUUAAAGGCCUUGUUUUAAAAGCAGGGGCGCAUUUAUGUACAAUAUUUCCAGAAUCUAUUAUUAUAUUUGCUUCAAUUACAUAAAACCAUAUGAUCAUGUUGUUAAAUUUAUAAUUAUCAAGCUUGGAUUAUUAAAUUUUUGUUCUUCUAUAUCUUCUUUUCAAUAAAUUCAUAAAUACAUUACCUAGAAUCGCUCUCCAUAAUUUCCUAGACCACGUUCCAGCUUAUUAUCGAGUUAGUAUUAUAAAAAGAGUAAAAUAACAAUUUUCGGGUCUGUUUCAUGUUAAUUUAAAUGUCCAGCCUUGAUGAUAUUAACUCCAGAAAAAGAGCAGAGAGACGAAGUCAACUUUGCAGGAUAUGUUUACUACAUUUAAAGUUAAUAUUGUCAAAAAUGUCUGGGCUAUUUGUCAGAUCUGAUAUUAGAUCAAAACUAAUAAAAUACUUUAUUGUAAUUCAUAUUCUAACUCAUUUAAACAAACUUAAUCCAUGAUUAAAUAUCAUGAAGGAAAAACUAAAUUCAUUUCCAUAAAAGUGAAGAAAAUGGGAAGAUAAAUCAAUACUGUUCGAAAUAAUUAAAUGAUGACUUCUAAAUUUGUAGCUAGGGUACUUAUUUACCAGAAGAUUGUGAAACAGGCCCUCAAUGUUUUGGCUCUCAAAUAUCUAAAAGUAUUUUUCUAAUACUCUUAAAUGUAUCGUAUCUUAUAUCACUAUCAACAUCUGUAGAUGCUAGGCUUCAAAUAUUAACUAAUUAUAGUCUAACUGAAAACGCUGUCAAUUUACUAUCUUGGACUUGUACUACUAUAUUAUAGCAUUUAAGUGUAGCUAUAAUUGUGAUUACUUUAUCCUUUACUCUAAUCUAUUAAUUAUUGUCUGCUUCUUUAUUUUGUGUAUUCUCAAUUAUUAUAUUCUGAUUGUUUAGUUUGGAAUCUAUUUUGGAAAUUGAACGUGUUGUGAUUUGUUUAAAGAUAUAUUGUGAUUAUUGAAAUGCAGCUAAUUUUAGACGUACGUAAGUAAAUAUAUCACUUGUCUAUCAGCUUCAAAUUUUGCUAGAAAUAUAUGCCCCAAUAAUAAUGUGUUCUUCUCACGACAUUAAAACUAAACGACUAUUUUUCGUUCUCAUCAAAUGGCAUAUAUUUGUGGCAAUUAGUCUAUCGAACUACGUGGCCUAGACACUUACUGCCUGACAUAUCGGAUAUAUUAGAAAUCACUACGCUAUAGUUUUUAUUUUUCGUGUAUCUGUAUAUAAUCUUUCGCUAGACAUAUUUGAAUUUUAACUGAUGUAAUUUAGACAAUAUUAAUGUAACCGAACCUAGAUGUCUUAAUUAUUAUCUUAUAUGUAAGCGAUCACUUCAUUAAUGUUAUUAAACGCUUAGUAUUAAUGUGAUGUCUAUUGUCGUAGUCAAGUUUAAACUUUUUAAAUAUUUCUACAAAUAGCAUGAGCCUCUUGUUGUCGGUGUGAAUUUUAAUAAUCUAUUUCGUAAAUGUCUAUUACAGUGUUGCUUGAUGUCGUACCUCUUAAAAUUACAGAAUUUAUAAAUAUUCUAAAUUUCCUCGUAUCAGAACUUUUAAUCUUACCAGUGUAUUGAUCGUAUAGUGGCUUCGUUUCGUUUUUGCUGUUGUUAUCAUCAGAAUUGUUACAAUUACAUUCUGCGUUGUUGAACGAGGUGUAGAUGUCAGUAUUGGUCUCAAUGUAGCCGUCCUGUGACGAACGUUCGUUUGGUCUAAGGCCCUGAUGUACUUUUAUAUUGAUUCUGUGGUAAAUCUUAAAUCCGUCUGAUUGAAGCAUAGGUUAUACAGGGACAAAGACAAUACAUAUGGUUGAAAUGGCGUAAGGGAAUAAGGAAAGGCACAGUAACGUUCGUUACAUGUACUCUUAUCUAUGCUUUCUGCUGUUACGUUGACGAUACGUUUAACAAUAGCAUCAGAGUUGUUAUCUUCAUAAUCAUAAAUGUUACUUUUAUCAUAUUAUUAAUAAUCACAUUUCUCUAUUAAACUUUUAGAGUAUUUACGAAGAUGCGUACAAAUGUUCGUCAAAUGUGCAGUUGUUUAUGAAGUACGUGCGCCAACAACAGAAGCGUUGUCCAGUCAUUAUAAUAUUUAGAAAGCUAUAUAUUUGUUAAAUAUUUGUCCCCUACAUCAGUAAGAAUUUUUAUAAACCUUUACAAAUUUGUAGUCCGACGUUUUGGUUAUGAUCGUUCUACCCUUUUAGACGCUAAAGAUGUAUCGCAGAUUAUUUUCUUCGUAAAAAACAUUACAUAGCUGUAUUUUAACUGUUGACUACUUUUAAGAAGUCUAUUUUAAAAUGCUACGCGUCGAAAACUGUUAUACGACCAUUUAGGCUGAUGUAUUGAAAAUGAUAAUAAUUCAAAUAAAGAAAAUACUAAAAAAAUCUAAGUGUGAAUCUAUUUAUGUGUAUUUGUAGAUCGAUAUACGUAAUGAAUAUUCAUAAAAGUCUAUGUGUUUAGAUAUUGCUAUAAAUAUUCCACAGAUAACUAAAUAAGAUAUUAUUAUAGAUAUAUUAGAAGUAAAUGCUAAUAAUGAAUAGAUAUAAUGGAAUAGUAACGCUCGUACCGUGAUCAUAAUCUGUCAUUGCGCACAUUUAAUGUUAUUAUUAUACGAAUUAUAAUAAGUGAAAUAUACUGUCAAAUCUAAAACAUCGUAUCAUCGAAUGUAGGUGAUUGUUGGUAGAUAUUUAUAAUUAUCUAGCUAUUAUAUGUGAUAUUGUUAUUGGAAUAAUAGAUAUUUUAAAGGCUAAUAAUGAUAAUUCUAUAUUCUCCUUGUUGACUUGUGUAAUAGAAUAAAGCGUUUUAAGACAUACUACUGUAAGAGUGCUGUACGAUUCGGGUGUUUGUGAAGUGUGAGAUAUUUGUUCGUUCUCUUACAUUAUAUAAUCAAACUAGCUUUUGCUCGCAGCUUCGCACGCGUUAAAUUCAGAGUAUUUAAUAGAUGUUAUAGAUCUUAUUAUACAUAUAAACGUUCGUCUUGAAUCACUCUAUCUUUAAAAAAAACCAUCAAAAUCCGUUGCGUAGUUUUAAAGAUUUAAGCUUUAUUUUGAGAUAUUUUAUACUAUGUAGUGAUUAUCAGGCUCAGUCAUAACAUUUACACUAAGAUAAAAUAGCCUUUAUAGUUUUUUAUAAAAUAUUAUCUGUUCGGUUUCGUUCAUGG